AUGUCCCCCUUUUCCUUCCGUCGCCCUCGCGAUAUCCCUUCCCCCUCCCGUCGCCUGUCCGCUCUCUCUCCCGUCGCCUGUCCGCUCCCCCCGCCCUCGCCUUCAUGCUCUCUCUCACGUCGCCUUCGUGCUCUCCCUCCCGUCGGCUUCGCGCCCUCCCUCCCGUCUCCUUCGCGCCCUCCCUCCCGUCUCCUUCGCGCUCUCCCUCCCGUUGCAUGUCCGCCCUCCCUCCCUUCGCCUUCGCGCUCUCUCUCCCGUCGCCUGUCCGCUCCCCCUCCCCUCGCCUUCGUGCUCUCCCUCCCGUUGCCUGAACCCCCGUCCCUCCCUUCGCCUUCGCGCUCUCUCUCCCGUCGCCUGUCCGCUCUACCUCCCCUCGCCUUCGUGCUCUCUCUCCCGUCGCCUUCGUGCUCUCCCUCCCGUCGGCUUCGCGCCCUCCCUCCCGUCUCCUUCGCGCCCUCCCUCCCGUCUCCUUCGCGCUCUCCCUCCCGUUGCAUGUCCACCCUCCCUCCCUUCGCCUUCGCGCUCUCUCUCCCGUCGCCUGUCCGCUCCCCCUCCCCUCGCCUUCGUUCCGUUGUGAAAUUUGUGAUGUGUUGUGCUCGAUGCGGAUUUGGAUGGGUGGGAGAAGUGGAAAUGUCAUAG